UCCAGACUUUACCUAUUCAAUGAGGCAAACUGGCAUACAUAGUUCACAGAGGCAUUACAGAAUUCCCAAUCGUGGAAUAAGUGUCCCACAUUCUAUAACUGUGUUCAAGUCAGGAGAGAGAUGGAUAUCCUGGAGACAAGUGCAUAUGAUCGCAGACAACGCAGGAACACGUCCUGUGUUCUAUUUCUUUAUCUCCUCCCAUUUUUUGCAUCCUGCACAUUAUAUUUCUUCUUGUGGAUCCCAGACUCCGCCCCCUCCGUUCUAUCUGCUGGCAUAAAGGCCGCCCCUGUCUUCUCUCUGGCUCUUCUGGUAUUCAGCUAUAAUGGGGGGCGGAGUCUCAUGGGUGUGGCUGGAGGAUUGCUGUUCUCAGUGGGCGGAGACUGUUGCCUUGUGUGGCCACAACUUUUUAUCCAUGGAAUGGGCUGCUUUGCUCUAGCCCACAUUCUUUACUCUGUGUCUUUCCUCUCCUCUCGAUAUUCUACAACAUCCUCCUCUUCCUUAUUCUUCAUCCUUUACCUCCUGCUCUGGUUGAUCGGCGGUGGAAUUUAUGCUUACUUGGUGCCAUUCCUCCGACUUGAUCCAGAUGGAGAUGUUCUCGUUCCAGCCAUAGGGGGUUACAUCUUGCUCAUUGUCAUAAUGGCCACGCUGGCUGUUCGUACAAGGAGACCAUUCCUCCUGCUGGGCAGCCUGGUCUUCAUGGCUUCGGACCUUAUAAUUGCACUAACAAAGUUCAAUGUCGUUGAUCUCGAAAACGAAAAGCACAUCAUUAUGAUAACAUACUACCUGGCACAGCUGAUGAUUGCGCUGGGUGAUGUGAAGGCAACACUGGAGGAAGAUGCUGAUGAUUUACUCAAAUGGAAGAGAUCAUAAGGGCACAGGAUAUUAGCUCAGCCAUAAGGCACCAGUAAUGCUAAUCAAGCCCAAAUUUGUGUAUCUUCACUGAGAAGAGUUGAUCACUGUGUAAAAUAGUACCACGGUCCUAUUUUACCCAGUGAUGUGUCUGUCUAGCUGUAAAUGCAGAACUGAGCAGACACGGGCUCACAUGAGUGAGUACAAGCAUCCCUAAAUAUCCAAAAUAUUACACUGACCUAUCAAUUAAAAUGAUUCUUCAUGUUUACCUGUCUACAGCAGUUGAUGAAGGCCAAACUCCAAACAACAGGCUCUGUGUGACAUGAACUAAAACUGAUGAACUCCUGAAAACAUUUUUUUUUUCCUAACAUAGAUAGAAUUCUUUUUACGUGACAUGCUCAGAUCCUUCACAUCUUUAACACUGAGCCCUGCGACCAUAUAAUUGUAAGAGCAGAGGAGAGUGUGUCAUACUUGAACAGUAAUAAACGUGUAUGUCACGUGUGAUGAAAUUAUUCUUAUUGAUUAAUUCAUGAGUUGCUGGCAAUAUAGAACUAUAAGACAUUGUCAACUUUAUAUUAUAAAAAUAUCAGAAUGGGCUAAAACCUUAUGAGAUUUAUUUAGUAUUUUAUUACUUAUUUUUGUAGCAUUUAUAGGCGGUUGCAUAACCUGCUAAAGAUCUUCCUCCAUUAUUAUCAUUACAUUUAUGUCUCCAGAAAGGAAAAAAGACGUUAAAGAGUUCAAACUGAUGUGUGUAAUUUAAUUAAAUUGUUAUUUUUUUGGAUGUUCAAAUACAUUAUUCUAUUCCAGUUUUAUAUGUAGAAACAAUUAAACCAUUUAUAGUUUGAUUUCCCUGAAAAGUGUAAACACUGUGGCUUUGUGGCACUUUUGACAUUCUUCUAUUUGUUUGGAGCAUCCUGUCCAGCCCGACUCAACAACACCAGCUCAACCAAUGGUGUGAGUUUGAAGCAGGACUAUGUGUUAGUUUGACAAAUGACAGAUAAAAAGUGUAUUCAAAAAGCUGUUUAAAAAUUAUGCUUAUUUUUGCAAUUCAGUUUGGUGACGCUAUUGGUGCAGAAUUGACACACUCUAGCUUUAAAAGCAAACACUUAUUUUUUUUUUAAUAUUUAUAUUAUAAUAUUUCAUAUUUUCUUUCUAUAUAAAGUUUACAGUAAACAUAUAAGCAAACAUGACAUAGGAUCCUGAAAUAGCAGGAAAAUCAUCAUUAUGCAGAAAAUGAUUUAAAGGAAUAGUUCACCCAAAAAUAAAAAUGCUCUCAACAUAUACUCACACCAUACCACCCCAGAUGUAUAUGACUUUCUUUCUUCUGAUGAACACGAACAAAAUUUUAGAAAGAUAUCUUAUCUCUGAAGGUUCUUCCAGUGCAAGUUAAUGGUUUCCAGAAAAUAUGAAGGUCCAAAAAGCACAAACAGACUGCAUGAAUGUAAUCCACACGACUUGAUUAUAUCCAUAUCUUCAGAAAUUAUAUGAUAGGUUUUUUUUUUUUAACCAUAAAUCUCCACUUUCAAUUCUUUUGUUUUUUUGCUGAUUCACAUCAUUCGUGCAUAUCUGGACAGGGAGGAGAUUUUUAUAGUAAAAAAAGGACUAAAAUAUUGAUCAAUAAAUGUUUUAUUUUGCACAUUGGAGAACAGCAUCAGGAUAUAUUGGAAAAUAAUGUUUUGUCAAUAAAAUAAAAUAAAAUCAUAAUUUGUAUUCUAAGCCUAAAGCCUACUUUGAAAAAGAUAACUUUUGAUUUUUACUUAUUAAUCUUAGGUAUAUUGUAUCGCAUAUUGCUGCAUAUUAUCCAAGUUCAUCUCAUAUCACAUUUCUCCUAAUGUGCAGUGGACAGUUCUUAAUUUGUUUAUUUUUAGAAAUUCUUAUAACAUUAAUAUUUAAUAUGAUGGGACAGAGAAAUACUGUAAGAAAGGAUAUUGUCCCCCUAAAACAGCAGAUACUCUUAAAAUGGUGAUUACUGCUUAUGGGAAAGGUCAUGAAGCAUCAGUGUAUUACUCCCUGCUAAUUCAGAGUCUGUGGGAUGGAGCUUCGUCUUCUCUCAAGAGGUUAUGUUAGAAAGACUUAAACUUGGUAUUGGAACUUGGCGAUGCUAAAUUCCAAAACUUUUGAGUUUUCACUGCAUGGCGUGGCCGUUACGGUCUGACAAAGUUUGAUGUUUCGCCAUGAAACUCAUACAAUGUCCAAUCUGCCACAAACUUCACAUGUUUGAUUAUAGUCCCGGUCUGAAUACAUCUACGUGCCAAUAUUCAGUUAUAGUCAUAGGGCCACCUCCUGAUCUUGUACUUUAACAAAUUCCUCCCAGAUAUUUAAUCAGAUCAGCAUUAUAUUUAGUCAGUCUUAAUCUAAAGGCCUUGGUGAUGUUAAAUUGUGAAGCUUUUGAGUUUUCGUUGAAGGGCGAAACGUGACUUUGAGUACCAUUAUCAGCACCUGAUUAUGCUGUAAAUGUGACUUUGAAAACUAACCUCAGAGUACUUGCCAACCAAGCUCUGUGAAAUAAUAAAAAAAACUUUGUACAUGCCAGAGCACCACUGAC